CAUAUCUCCACCUGUGCAAGGCAAUUUCAUGAACGACUCACUUCUCCCCAAGUUCUGCCUCUCUGGGAUUCUCAUCCCACAGCUCCUGUCGUGUGUCCCUGCCUGCUGCUCCGUCUCCAAGACAGCUUCUACAGUGCCAACUUACAUGCACAGAAGCCAGAGAGCUAGAAAGUCAUUCCGCAGUCACUUGAUAAAUGUAGAACAGAAGAGUCUCAGGCUGUGGCCCAGGGAUAUUUUGUGGGUCCUGCAUAGAGGGCUCUAAUUUCAGGCAAGGCAGACAAGUGCCCACACACCUUAGAGCCAGAAACGGGGGUUGCAACCCCCACUUCCAGUUGAUCUAAAGAUUCCUCUGACCCAGCCUGGAAGCUGUGCACAGGUCCAGAUGCAUGUGCCUGAAGAAUGAAAUGCAGUUCUUAUUGUGUACUCAUGGUGUACCAGGCCUGUUGUGCAGGGCGGUGCGUUCUGCUCAGCCUCUGCACGGCCCUCCGGAGCUGUGUCUGGAAAGUCUAUGUGAAACCCCAUUGCACAUAUGAGGAGGGCGGAGGCUCCAACAGGUGAGGUCUAGGUCAGUCCCAUAGGUGGAUAAUGGCGAGGCAGACCUGGGAUUCAAGUUUGGAGUGAGACUUGAGAGCUACUGGAGCGAAGUAAAUAAUGAAAGAGUAGAUGGGUGGACAGGUAGGUUGGAGGAGUGAAUGGGUGAGAGGAUGUGUGCGUGAAUGAAGGGAUGAGUAAGCCAAUGCAUUUGCCCAUGAAAAGACGUUAGUAAAUGGGUGGUGAGGAAAUUAAUGAGCGAAUGGGUGAAUGAAAACAUUAGCAAAGUGCGAAUAAUGACUGUUGGAGAGAGUGAAUGUGUGAAACGAUGGAUGAACGAAUGAAUGAAUGAAAAGAUAGGCAUAAAUGUAUGAAUGAAUGAAGACUGGAAGGUGAUGGCUGAAUGAAUGAUGUCCAUCAUUGUAAGUAAGGUGAGCUGGAGGUGAGGAGUUAGCGGGCUGACACCCGAUAGGGACCAUCAUGGAGUUGCGGGGCGGAGCCUUUUCAGCGGGAUGGAGCGUGUCGGUGCAGGAGUGGGGUGGUGGGGAAGAGAGCACUAUAUAGCAGCGGGCGAGCGGGCCUGGGGAAAAUGGGAGUAACCUGGAACUUAGAACGGAUGUGAGCGGGCCCUGAGCUUUCGUGGAAGAGGUGGGAGGGGCCUGAAAUCUAGGGGGAAGCUGGGCGGGCUCUGUGCCUGAGCCUGGUGAGGAAGGGUGCUGAGUCUGGAGAAGAGGUGUGCCACAGGAGGAGGGCAGAGCCCCGUGUCUGAGGAGGUAGGCGUGGUCUGAUCUGGCCCCGCCCUCCUGCGGUUCGCCAUGAAGCAGCUGUGCCUGUGUGCUGCUGCCUCCUUCGCGGUUACAAUGCCCUUCACCUGGCAGCCAAGUACGGGCACCCAGAGUGUCUGAAGCAACUCUUGGAGGCUUCCUGCGUGGUGGACAUCGAGGACAGCAGUGGGUGGACAGCCCUUCACCAUGCAGCGGCUGGUGGUUGUCUGUCCUGCUCAAAGCUGCUCUGUUCCUUUAAGGCACACAUGAACCCCCGGGACCGGUCGGGUGCCACACCCCUCAUCAUAGCGGCUCAGAUGUGUCACACAGAUCUGUGCCGCCUCCUCCUACAGCAGGGGGCUGCCACAAAUGACCAGGACCUGCAAGGCAGGACAGCCUUGAUGCUGGCAUGUGAGGGGGGCAGCCCUGAGACUGUUGAAGUACUCCUGCAGGGUGGAGCCCAGUUGAGCAUCACUGAUGCACUGGGCCAGGAUGCCACUCACUACGGAGCCCUGACUGGAGACAAACUCAUCUUGCAGCUUCUACACGAGUCUGCACGGCGCUCUUCACCUCCCAGUGCCUCUCUAGAGGAGGACUCCGGAGAGGCCUCAUCCCAGAACUCAGUGUCAAGCCAUGAGAAACAAGGAGCCCCCAAGAAGAGGAAGGCACCCCAGCCUCCAGCCAGCACACCAGUUCCUGACGAUCGGGAUGCUUAUGAGGAGAUUGUACGCCUGAGACAAGAGAGAGGCCGGCUCCUGCAAAAGAUCAGGGGCCUGGAACAGCACAAGGAACGGAGGAGGAAGGAGGUUAGGAGGCUGCAGCCCUGCAGUCUGGAGCAAUUCCCUGGGAUAUCAUACCACCUACCUUCCUAUCCUUCCUUCACCCUUUCUUCCCCACUGUCCCUUUGCUCCUGACAUGCAGCCCCCUCACUGGCCUUUCAACAAUGCAGGCUCUGUUCAGCCCUAGGGCCUUUGCCCAUGGUGUCUGCAGUACAGAAUUGCUGUCUCUCCAGCUGUCCCCAAGGCUCCCUUUCUCCAACAUCUCCCCUGCCACCAUAUUUGAAAUUGUAUGCUUCUUUCAUUUCACCAGAGCACUCUACCACUCAAAGGCAUGCUCGUGAGGGCAGGCUUGCCCAUAAGGGCAGGCUCAGGUGAAAGUGCUGAGCUCAGAGUGGAUGAAUACUGGAUGAGGAGUGGCCCACGGUGAGGAAUGAGUGAACGCAUGCAUGCAUGAAUGAAUGAAUGGCCCUGCACAGGAUCUGCUACACAGCAGGCAAUGUACCUAAGCGCCCUGGGUGAAAGAACAGAAUGGGGUCUGACAGUGUGAAGGAUCGGUCAGAGUGGCACAUAGUAGGUGCUCAGUGUACAUGGAAAAAAGCCAUGGCUACCAGACACUAGGUGGUAGGUGGCUGUCCAGUCCCAACCACUUCUACCUGCAGCCCCUGGAGGCGGAGGCCAGCUCAGUGCACAGCCUGGAGAGACAGGUGCAGGAGCUGCAACAGAUGCUGGCGGAGAAGCAGGAGGAGAAGGAGAGCCUGGGCCGGGAGGUGGAGAGCCUGCAGAGCCGUCUGUCCCUGCUGGAGGAGCUGAUGCACUGAUGCCAAAGAACCAGAGUCCAUCAGCAGAGGAAAUAGUUGCUUCCCUACAGGAGCAGGUGGCUCAGCUCACCAGGCAGAACCAGGAGCUGCUGGAAAAGGUCCAGAUCCUUGAGGAGUUUGAAAAGGAUGAGGCGCAGAUGGCAGAAGAAAGUCAGGCCGAGGUCGUCCCCCUGGUCUUGUAUGAAUCCUUACGGGCAGAGCUUGAGCAGCUUCGGAGGCAAUACACAGAGGCCAUGCAUUCGCAGCAGCAGCAGCAGGAGGGGGAGCCACCCAGGGCUCAAGAAGGAGAAGAGACAGCAUACCAGGAAAUCAAGGAUAAGGGAAUCACUAUCCAGAAUGGACCCAGCGUCCCAGACCUCAACGGCACCACAUAUGCAGAAACCAAAGCAAAUGGAAUGGAACUCCAAGCAGGAGGCUCCAAGGGUGUCUGGAAUACUGAAGCAGGGGUUUCAGAAGCAGCACCCAUAGAACCCGAGGCUGCAGGUUCAGAGGCCACGGGGAAAGACAGACUGGCAGCCAAGGAAAUGGACACUAGUGCUACUAUGGCUGAGGCCCUAAAUGUGAAAGCUCUAGGUGACAAUGCCGAAAGUGAGCCAGUGGCUGCCGAAGAUACAGGAGGAAAAGAGAAUCCAGGAAUGAAAGCUGAUGAGGUGGAUGUGUUGGCACAGGCAGGGCUCACAGGUACAGUGAUUAGAAACAUGGAGGCCAUCGGAGUGCGGGAUACAGGAAUUCAGGCCACAGGAUUAGAGGCUAAGGCAGUGAAGACCACUGGAGUGCAGGCCACAGUGGCGGAGGUCAUAGGAGUGAAGGUCACAGGAGUGCAGACCACAGCGAUAGAAGCUAUAGGAGUCAAGGACACCACCCAGGUGGCCACAGGAGCGCAGGCCGAUUGCUGGCAGGCCACGGAGGCAGACUGCACCGGAGCGCAGGACACAGCUAUGGAGCCCACGGGGGCACAGGCCACUGUGACAGAGACUACGGAAGCCGAGACCAGCGGCACGGAGGACCCUUGCGCUGCGAUCCUGCACCCGGGGGCGGCGGCGGCGGCGCUGCAGGCCGAGCUGGAGACCCGGAUCCGCGGUCUGGAGGAGGCGCUACGCAGAAGGGAGCGGGAGGCUGCGGCCGAGUUAGAGGCUGCUCGGGGCCGUUUUGCAGAGGCUGAGGAGGCGGCGCGGGGGCGGAGCCGCGAGCUAGAGGCGCUUCGGGAAUUGCUGGCCACGGCCACGGCUACCGGCGAGCGCGCACGCACAGAGGCCGCCGAGUUGCGCCAAGCGCUAGCUGCCUCCGAGGCUCGGGUCGCCGAACUCAGCUCUACCGUGGACGCCGCUCGCGAGGAGCUGGAGCGCAUGCGCGGGGCCUCGGUUCCUGCGGACGAGCACGAGCACGCGCUGAGCGCCCUGCGCGACCACGUGACCCGGCUGCAGGCGCAGCUGGCGGACCUGGCGCGCAGGCACGAGAAGACUAGCGCAGAGGUCUUCCAGGUGCAGCGUGAGGCAUUGUUUAUGAAGAGCGAGAGGCACGCAGCCGAGGCCCAGCUGGCCACGGCCGAGCAGCAGCUCCGGGGGCUUCGUACAGAGGCCGAGAGGGCGCGCCAGGCCCAGAGCCGUGCCCAGGAGGCCCUGGACAAAGCCAAGGAGAAGGACAAGAAGAUCACAGACCUGUCCAAAGAAGUCUUUACACUGAAGGAGGCUCUGAAGGUGCAGCAGUCCACCCCAGCCAGCUCCAAGGAGGAGGAGGCUCUGCGCGGCCAGGUGACAGCCCUGCAGCAGCAGAUACAGGAGGAGGCCCGGGAGCAUGGCGCUGUGGUGGCUUUAUACCGCACCCAUCUCCUGUAUGCCAUUCAGGGACAGAUGGAUGAGGAUGUACAGUGCAUUUUGAGCCAGAUUCUGCAGAUGCAGCGGCUUCAGGCUCAGGGUCGCUGAGGACACAGCUCAACUGUUCAGUCUCCAUCCUUCACCUCUACAAGCAGAAGCCACAGACACCAUCUUCCCCAGCUCCCAGGGGAUGAACAAGAUUCAACACUCAAUGGGAGACCAGCCUGGGGCCUUAUCGAUGGUGGCCAGCUGACCACCCCACACUCCCUAUAGUCUGUUCCUCUGAUUCCCAGCACUCCCCAUUUGAUAUAUUGGGAACCCUGAUAUGCCACCUACAUCACAACCCCCACUCAGGAGGACAAGCUUGGUGUGUGUAUGUGUGUGUGUAAAAGGGCGGGGGGUGGGGUGGGGCAGGAAUACCCAGUGUGACACACUGGGUAAGGGCAGCUAUGGGGCAGGGGACUCAGGACACAGUUUGAUCUUCUGGUUCCAUAACACGACUAUGGCAAUAAAUGUAAGUGCAAUGUAAUAUUUAAAGAAA